AUGAGCUGUGGAAAUGAUUUUGUGAAAACUCUAAAGAAAAUUGGCUAUCCUAAAGCUGAUGAGCUUAAUGGAGAAGAUUUUGACUGGCUGUUUGAGUCUUUGGAAGACAAAUCUUUUCUGGAGUGGUUUUGUAAAAAUGUAAAUGAGGAGCAUGUGGUAUCUGAAAAAGAACUGCAAGAUUUUGAUAAUCUUAUUCAGUCUGGCAAGCCCAUUUUGGAAGGAAAUGCACUGGAUGAAGUCCUUAAAACUUUGAAGCCUGUGGAUUCUAAGAACAGUAGCCAAAAGGAGGAGGAAGAAGAGGAACUAGAGGAUGAGCUUCAAACUCUUCAGCAGUUAAAAAAACUUCAAACUCAUCGGCAUAAUAAGCUUCAAAUGAUGGUUGUUGCAAACACACAGAUGUUAAAAAUAUCAGAAAGCAGAGAGCAAGAAGCACGUAAAUACCUGAAAGACAGCCUGGAAAUCUUUAUUGCAGCAAAUAAAAAGCUUAGUAGUCAACUGCAGCCUCUUAUAGAGGCAGCUAAGAAACUGUCCUCUUUCUUCACUGCCUCAGAUUCAGAACAAGGGUCAGCUCAGCAUCCCGUGUUUUUUUCCCAACUUUCUUUGGACAAGUAUUUGGCUCAGGAAGAACAAAACACUGCAGCACUUACCUCGUACGUAAAAAAACAUAAGCGUUGCUAUCAAGGGAUGUCUGAAUGGGCUGACAAAUCUCCUGAAGAUACCUUUCAGCUUGGGGAUGCAAGCAAGCAAGUCACUUGUAUUGAGACUGCUGAUGUUUGUGAAGAGAUCAAAGAGAUAGCAAGGCUCCAGACAGCCUACAUUUGUGCUCAACAUCAGCGAAUUAAGAUGCAAGCUAAAGAGGAGAGCAUGAAUUCAGUUUUAAAAUGUGCAGAGAGCAUGCUGCAGUCCUUAGAGAGCAAGGAUAUUGAAAAGCAGGAAAACCUGGAUGCCAAAAUAUCUAAUCUUAAUGAUGAAAUUUCAAGGAUUAGACAGGAUAUAACUAGGAUAAACAGGGAAGAACUGUUUCCUCUUCUGAAAGAGAAUGCACAGCGUUUUAUUGCACCAGUGGUGAAAGCAUACAUAGAUCACCAAAUUGCUCAGCAGGAAUAUUAUGCUUCAAGACAGGAUGAAAUAUACAGGCAUUUGGUAAGACAGAAAGCAUCUUUUGAACUGAUUGAGCUAGCCUGUGAAAUGGAAUUGAAGAAACACAAGGAGAUGUGCUGUCAUGUUGAGAAUUUGGUAGAGUCUCUGAAGCAGAGCGCUAUUGAUUUGCAGCGGGGGAUACAGGUGAUAACUGAACAAACUGAACGUGCAAAGCCAGGAAAUACUAUUAGUUCAGAGGAUGGUUUCUCUUACAGGCUACAUCAGCUUCUGGAAGGAGAAAAUAACCAGACAUUGUUUAAAACAUAUGAAAGCUUGGAACAGAUGGCUCAGCAGUUAAAGCAGGAUUGUGCUAGAGCAGAAGAUGAGCUAGCAGCAUCUUCUCAAGAACAGUCUCUCCUUUUGUCCAAGAUGAAGAGUGAUGUGGAUUCUGUUUACAAUGCUCUGUAUCGUGGAGGAAACCAGCUACAACUCCGCAGUCCUGAACUUACUGACCUGUUUAAUCAACUGGAAGCUGAUUUAAAGAAACUAAAUAAACUCCUUGCGGAUCUGGUUGCUGAUGUGAAGUCAAAGAAAAGCUUUAUAGACUCCAAUAAGCUUCAUCAAAUGGAAAGAAACUUGUACGUGUAUUUUUUCAAAGAUGAAGAUCUCUUGAGAGAGAUGGUGGAGGAGCUUGAGCAGCAGUCUGAGGCUAAAGUCAGUAGUCUGGAAGAUGAGAAGUUCACCACCAGUGGAUUUCUUAAUAUUUAAACUUUGUACACUUUAAAAAGGAAAGCAUGUUAAUGUAAACUGUCUACAAGUUAAUGGAAUGAUUAGUAUUAGCUUAU